AUGGGUACACAUAAUUCCAAAGAAAAUCAUCAAAUAAAAUCUUCUCGGACUGAUACUGAUCCCCAGCAGACAUUCAUUCCUUUGACAAUCAAAGUGAACCAACAAACAGACUAUAAUGGCUGGCAAGAAAUCUAUCGAUGUUCACAUGCUGAAUGGAUACAUGGAGUUUCUGAGUUAUUUGGUUUUGUGCAACAUACGUUCACGUGUAAUUCAGAACUUCAUAGUGUUUGUGCACCCGGCUUUUGUUCCGAAUCGUUGUCUCGGAAACUUCAUCUCAACUUUACCCGGUGCUCACCAAAAAGUCCAUUUUCCACAUCACGAUCGAUCCUUCCAUCAUUAUCAACCUCAUCAGUCAAAAGUGAAAAAUUACGUCAACAUUUCGAAUAUAAUCACGUUCCAGCAAUGAUUAGUUCAUUGCAGAAUUACUCGGUCCAUGGAAUUGUCAAUGGUUGUUCGAAGUCAGGUCUUAAUCAUGGGGAUACAAUCAUGUUAUCUGUUUAUUCAUCUAUUCUCAAUAAAACACAGUUCAUCAUUGUAGACUUGAAAUUAAAUCGAUAUGUCUGCGCAUUAGAUAAUGAUUAUUACGGACUCGUCAAUGCUAGUAAAGUCCAUGCAUCAUGGUCGAUAGAUAGAACACAAGUCAUCGUACGUGUACCGAUCCUCGAAGAUUCAACCGCAUUGGAUUUCUAUAAAAUUGUAAAGAAAGAAGCGAAAAUCUAUCGACGAAUACUUCCGAUUGAUAGUCGUACUCAGUUUCAAUUUACACCAAACUAUUGGUCAUCUCAUAUGCUUAUUUAUACACAUACGACAUACAACCGAAGUACAACUAUCAAUUAUAAUACCACACGAUUAACUCCUAGUAGUUCAAAUAAAAUCCAACGACAAAUCAUUGCUCAACAACGUCAAUCAACUGGUUCGUAUCUAACAUUGAAGAAUAUUCAUACAUGGUCAACAUAUACGUACGAACAGAUUUUUGUCGAUCAAGGUUUUCGUUUCCUUUCAAUGAUUUAUACACCGGAUGGUAUUUAUAUAAUCUUAACAUUCGCCGACACACGAUGUCACUGUGAAGAGACAUUACCGUUGAGUUAUUUUGAUGUGUGCGAUGCUAAUACAUUACAGCGCUUGAAACGUAUUCAUACUCAACUAAUUUCUCAUGUCUGUUCAUUGCAUAUGUGUCGAAACCUUUUAACGCCGAUUUUUUCUCACUCUGCAAAUCGAAUGGCAUUUUGUACGACAAAAAAUAACGGCGGAAAAGAAUUACAAAUAUCCAUCGUCGUUCUACCAAAUCAGUUGAAUCUUAAAUCAAUUUGUCGGCGAUUGAUUAUCCAUUACUUACGCAUAUUCAACGGAAAUAUUGAAGAUAUCACGCGUGAACUUCCGUACCGUUUGAGUCAAUACGUUCAAUAUCGACCAGAAUAUCCAUAA